GCCCAAGCGAGUCUGGCUGGAUCGCUGGAUCAAAAUGGCGGCCGCUGUGGCGGCCGGAGCAGACCGAGGAGGGAGUAGCGAGAGCCGCUGAGUCGGGCCGGCGCCGGGAGCCCAGUCGGGGGUCAUGGCGGCUCCGGGCGACACCGAAGACAUGCGCGAAAUGACGGCAAAGAACCUGCUUGAACCAUGUCUGAAGUUUUAUCAUGGAUUAUGGGAUUGUGCGCUGAUGAGCCAGCAAGUGGAAUGCCUGAGUGACUGAAGAAAAUGGGUGCUAAUGCUUCGAAUUACCCUCAUUCGUGUUCCCCAAGGGUAGGGGGAAAUUCUCAGGCACAACAAACAUUCAUAGAUUGCUUCUGGACCCUGGGCAGACCUGGGAAGUUUCGCCCGCUUGUGCAACAGCAUGUGCCCAGAGGGAUUGGGGGAGCUGAGCGCAGGUCCCCAUCACAUCCCCAUGGUCCCUCCUCAUGCACACAGUUUGCUAGGAUGUCAGCCAGUGUUCCGGAAGAGAGCUUCAAAAUGGAUUUUCAAGGAACAUCAUCCUAUUCCCAUCAAGGCUAUGGCUAUGAAUCCAAACUGUACAGUCUUGACCAUGGUCACGAGAAGCCACAAGACAAGAAAAAGAAAAGCUCUGGCCUUGCCACCCUCAAAAAGAAGUUUAUUAAGCGCCGAAAGUCUAGCCGGUCUGCUGAUCAUGCCAAGCAAAUGCGUGAGCUCCUCUCAGGCUGGGAUGUUAGAGAUGUUAAUGCAUUAGUGGAAGAGUAUGAAGGAACUUCAGCCUUAAAAGAACUUUCUCUACAAGCUAGUUUGGCAAGACCAGAAGCCCGAACGCUGCAGAAAGAUAUGGCUGAACUGUACGAGUUUAAAUACUGUACAGAUGUAGAUUUAAUAUUUCAAGAGACUUGUUUCCCUGUGCAUCGUGCAAUUUUGGCAGCAAGGUGCCCAUUUUUUAAGAGCCUACUUUCAUCUUCACCAGAGUACGGUGCGGAGAUUAUAAUGGAUAUCAACACAGCUGGUAUUGACCUGCCCAUGUUUUCUGCUUUGUUACACUACCUGUACACAGGAGAGUUUGGAAUGGAGGACUCGAGAUUUCAAAAUGUUGACAUCCUCAUGCAGCUUAGUGAGGAAUUUGGAACACCAAAUUCUUUAGAUGUGGAUAUGCGUGGGCUGUUGGACUAUAUGUGUUCCUAUGAUGUGGUUCUCAGCUUUUCAUCUGACUCUGAACUGGUUGAAGCUUAUGGUGGAAGUCAGAGUUGUUUAGAUGAGGAGCUCAGAGCCCACAAAGCUAUUAUUUCAUCACGGUCACCCUUUUUCCGACAUCUACUUCAGCGGAGGAUACGGACGGGUGAAGAAAUAACAGAUCGGACUCUAAGGACUCCAACUAGGAUUAUACUAGAUGAAUCUAUCAUACCAAAAAAAUAUGUGAGAGUAAUUUUAAACUGUAUGUACACAGACUUGGUGGACCUCUCAAUUUUGCACAGCAGUCCCUCAGUGGGGAGUCUAAGUGAAGUUCAGGCUCUUGUUGCAGGAAAGCCAAACAUGAUGAGGGCUGAAGAAGCUAUGGAACUUUACCACAUAGCGCUCUUCUUGGAGUUUAAUAUGCUUGCACAAGGCUGUGAGGAUAUCAUCGCUGAGAGCAUCUCGCUAGACACCUUAAUUGCCAUUCUCAAGUGGAGUUCUCAGCCAUAUGGCUCAAAGUGGGUAUACCACCAAGCACUGCAUUUCCUCUGUGAGGAGUUUACCCAGGUCAUGACUUCAGAUGUCUUUUAUGAAAUCUGCAAAGACCACCUGCAGACUGCUAUCCAAUCGGACUACUUACAGGCAAGUGAGCAAGACGUUCUGAAGUACCUUAUUAAAUGGGGUGAACAUCAGUUGAUGAAAAGAAUAGCAGAUCGAGAGCCUAAUUUGCUGAGUGGCACAGCUCACAGUGUGAACAAGAGAGGUGUGAAAAGGCGAGAUCUUGACAUUGAGGAACUGAAAGAGAUCCUUUCUCCUCUCCUGCCAUUUGUCCGUAUUGAACAUAUUUUGCCAAUUAACAGUGAAGUGCUGACUGAUUCUAUGAAGAGAGGUCUCAUUAGCACUCCUCCUUCAGACAUGUUACCAACAGCAGAGGGUGGAAAGUCAAAUGCGUGGCUGCGGCAAAAGAAUGCAGGGAUCUAUGUGAGGCCGAGGCUCUUCUCACCGUAUGUGGAAGAAGCCAAGUCAAUUCUGGAUGAGAUGAUGGUAGAGCAGACUGACCUAGUUCGUUUACGGAUGGUUAGAAUGUCCAAUGUACCAGAUACCCUCUACAUGGUAAACAAUGCAGUUCCGCAGUGUUGUCAUGUGAUAAGUCACCAGCAGAUAAGCAGUAUUCAAUCUAGUCCUCCUUCAGUUGUAGCCAAUGAAAUCCCAGUUCCUCGUCUCUCUGUCGUGAAAGAGAUGGUCAAGCGGCUGCAGGAGCUCCGCCACACUGAACAAGUGCAAAGAGCUUAUGCUCUGAACUGUGGAGAAGGAGCCACCGUCAGUUAUGAGAUUCAGAUCCGUGUACUGAGGGAAUUUGGGCUGCCUGAUUCUGCUGCUGAACUCUUGCAGAAUCCACACAAGUUCUUUCCCGAUGAACACUUUGGGGAUGAAAGCCCACUCUUGACCCUGAGACAGUCGGGGCGGUGCCGCGUCAACAGCACACCCACUGCAGAAACCAUGUUUACAGAACUCGACUCCUUUGUAGCCUUCCAUCCCCCACUGCCCCCUCCUCCGCCUCCUUAUCAUCCACCAGCUACUCCAAUCCACAACCAGUUCAAAGUUGGCUGGAAGCAAAGGUCGCAGAGUCAGCAUCCGUCACGGUCCUUUUCGUAUCCCUGUAACCAUUCAUUGUUCCAUGCCAGAACAGCCCCUAAACCUGCCCCGCCCAUCUACUUAUCCAGCGUCAAAGCCACACCUCCUGAUUGCACUAAUACUAUAGGACUAGGAAGACAGACUGUUGCAGCGGCCGCAGCUGUGAUGGCAGCUGAAAAGCAAGUGAGUACUCAACCUGUGCUCAAUGAGCUGAUGCCAGAUAUUGCUAUGGGUGUGUCAACAAUGUCUCUCAAGGACAGGCGGCUGCCAGAGCUCACUGUUGAUACAGAACUAAGCCAGCCUGUUUUGGAGGUUGGACCAGGACCACCCCAACACAUCGUAUGCAUUCAGACAAGGCACAUACACAGCUCCAGGAAAAAACAUUCAGUGGAACAAAAACUGGAUACUAGAGAGAAUCAGCAGGAAUACCCAGAUUUCUAUGAUUUCUCCAAUGCUGCGUGCAGGCCUUCCACUCCAGCCCCUGGCCGGCACACUCCUUCACCUUCUCAAGGCAUCUAUUUUGGCCCAGAUUUGUAUAGCCACAAUAAAGCAUCUCCCAGUGGCUUAAAGGCUGCCCACUUAUCGAAUCACAUCUCUCCUAAAAAGCUAGAGGACUCAAGGCGAGACUAUGCACUUUCUCAAGAAGGGCAUCCACACAGACACAAGAAUGAACCGAUCCACCUCGAUGUCUUAGAGCAGCCUCCCCAGCGGCUGGACUUGGCGUUAGCUGCUCAAGAGAAUGCUGGGAAUGGCCCAGCUCACGCAAGGGGACGAACAAAAACAGAAACAGACUUAACCUACGGCCUAACCUCUAGCAGGCCUUCUCUGCCUGCAUACAGCUCAGAAAUCCAUGAAGAGCAAUCCAGCCGGAGACUGGGAGACAUGGAACCUCUAGAGCAUGAAGCGCAGAGAAAUGCAGAACUGGAAAGGGAAGAGGCAGUAAGCAGAGGGAGGAGGUCUCCUAGCAAACCAGACUUCCUGUACAAAAAAUCUGCCCUCUGAAAGCCACCCUCCACGUCUUCUCUGUGCCUAAGAGUCGGGAAAUGCCUAGUCUUGGCAACCUUUGGCCUGACUUUUGUUGGGCAAGUUCAUUCAUGCCAGCCGCUAGUGUGUGAGGGUGUGUGUGUGUGUGUGUGUGUGUGUGUGUGUGUGUGUGUACAUACAUGGCUUCAUUAGAGCGGCGAGCUACCCAUUUAUUUGGAAUGCUGCUUCAGGGUUUGUGUUCUGAAGAGAUUUUGUUAAACCUUUUAAAUAUAUAUAUAAAUAUAUAUAUAUAUAUAUAUUAGUCAUCACCUUAAAAAGAAGGUAGCCUUUUGCACCUGUACAUUUAAUUUUGUUUUUGUAUUAGUAUGUUAAACUUUUGUCACAUUUUAAAGGACUGUAUGUUCAUGCUCUUCCAGAGGGGGUGUGUGUGUUUGUGUUUAAAUCUUUCACCUCCCAGUUUUGCAUGUGCAUUUGAGUUGCACAUGCUGAGAUGUAUUUUCGUACAAGAUGGUGACAAUGUCUGUCAUUAUUUUUGAAUGACUAUAGGAAUUCCAAAGAACAGCACAUCUCACUGCGCUGGUGAGGUCUGAAACCUUUCUUGUCUACCACUAGUGCAAGAAUCCAGCCUAAUAUUUCUGUUCUGUUUACCAAGUCCAUGGCAGCUGGCCUUCAUCUUAAUGUAGCAAGCCCUCACUAAUGCUGGUACCAGGGAUUGUCUUUGUGAGUGAGGAGUACAACUCCCUUGGGGUUCUUUGAAACCCAACUCCCUUUGUGCAUUCUUGGAUGAACUGUCAUGGAACCUCUAAGAAAUGCUUAUUACUCCCUAGGUUAGCUUAUACCUAGUGCUGCAAAUUGCCAGUAUUGUAAACACUCAUCGAGUUUUCCUUUUUAAUAAGGCUAUGCAGAGAUGGGGAGAUUUCAUACCAAGCCUAGGAAGGUAUGAAGAUGUUGCUUGACAUCUGAUAUUGGAGUUAAUGCUCCAUUUUUGGAAGAGGAGGGCUCCCUCUCCAGCAGAGGCACUAAGGGGAAAUGCUUACUGCCUUCUUUAUUCUGCCUCUAAUUAAGAAACCAAGGGCUGCAGACUUAGUGAUGUCAUCCUGUGUUCCUUGACAUUGUGGCUUGGUUCAGACAUAACACAGAGCAAGACUGAAUCAUGGCUUCGGGCAGCAUCUCCUACCCUCGGAGGUACAAGCUCCUGUGCUCUUCUGUGCACACAAGGGGAGAAAAGAUCCUGCUUUUGAUCUUGGCUUAGAACAAGCUAGUACUACUUAUUCCAUCCAAAAGAGGCAAUCCUUGCUUAUUCUAGCCAAAGUUUCAAAAUAAACCAGGAGAUUCUGGCUCCAUGUUAUAUCUGAACCAGUCCUGUAAAUCUCUUGCUUUGUGGACAGAAAUCACAGAUUGAAGAGUAAUGGCUGUAGCUUCAUUCGCUAUAAGCGGUUUAGCACUUAAUCUCUUCAUUCCCAGCCCUUUGAAUGUGUGUAACAUUUUCUUUUUUGUUCAUGAAAGGUGGUGGGGAUUCCGUGGUUUUAUGAACACAGAGACGUAGGGCUGAUAGUUUAGACAUGUCCAUUGCCACUAAUGAAGGCCAUUUCAACAGUCAGUAAUUGCAGGUACUUAUCACAUCUUUCUGUUGCAAGUAAUGGAAAUGCUGCAAGACCACUGUGGUAACUCUUAACAAAGGCUUGACUUGAUAUGGUGGCCAACUCUAAAGCUCUUCCAUCACCAGGGGACCUCAGUCAGAAUAUUAGCUAAAGGCUACUCUAAUCUUAAAGGUGAUUCUGUUUUUAGAUACUUGACAUUGUUUAAAUGUAAACGUUGUUUCAGUGUUUAAUCAAAUCUUUGGGGAUAUUUGUCUUUUAAAUACCAACUCCUGCUGCUCUUCUCCUAUCCUGACUUCUUUUGGGGAAAACACUUUUUGUUAAAGAGAGCAGAUGUUUGGGAGCCUUCAUUCAUUUUUGUUCAUGUGGGGUGUGAGGGGAGAGAAGAUGGUAUAUUUUUCCAGAAUUUUCACACCACAUUAACUUUGCUACACUUCACGUAUGGUGUUGUCUUUUCAAAGUGUAAAUCCAAUUUUACAAUGCCUUUUUAAGAACAACAUGUUCUGCAGAUGGUUGGAUUAAAUGGCUAUAAUGAUGGAUUUAAAAUGUUGUUUGCUUAGCAAGCCUCAUUCUUUUCUUUGUAGCCUUGCUGACACAGAAGACCAUAUUUGGUCUUCAUUCACAAGACCAUAUUCUAUCAGGCCUAUGUCAAGUUAAAAAAUGGCUGUUUGGUCCUUUGAUGUUUGCCUUUUCUUAAAUAAAAUAAAAUAAAAAUGGUUGCAAAUAAAGAUGAGGAAUCCAUUGGAUUGCCCCUCAUUUUGUCCAGUGCUUUUUAGUAGUCUUUUGUGGCAUAGAAGUUGAUGUGAUUCUUGAGGUUGGGUUUGCCUUGUAGAGAAUUUAGAAUAGGAUUGUAUCUGUUCUGAUUGUCCCCACAUACACUCUCACACCCACUGAACUAUCAUUUUAAGCCCACUCUCCCAAACAAGAACCCACUAAACCCAUAUCCUAUAUACUAGAUUUUAGAUGUUCUGCUCUUUCAAUUAACUCAUUUUGUCCGUCCUUAACAGAGACAUGUACCAAAAACCUGCUUCAACAAACUGGUAGUGUGAUGUGAUAGUUUCUGGACAUGGGAGAUUUGAGGGGUACGUUCUCAGUCUCAAUAGUAGCUAUAGAGUUGGUUGAGAUAAUCCAUGGGGAUUAGUUUACACUUGGUUUUUACUGUGGAAUAGCUUGGCAAGAAACUUUUAAAUACAUAUUGGCUCCUAGAAAUCAAAGUUUCAAUUUUUGAAGUUAAGUUGCCUUUUCACACCACAGGACAAUGUUCUGGAUGAUGAAGGCAAAUCGUGAUAAGGGGCAUAAUUUUAUAUGGUAGACCUGGAGACAAUUGGACAGUUAGACAAUUCAGAACUAAAUCCCUAUUAAGCUGGAAACCGAGAUGGAAAAUGCCUAUAAAUAUGAGGUGGUUAGAUACGAGUUUUUGAACUUGUGAUUUUUAACACAACAAGAACGGGGCAGCCUUCAUUGAUCUCCCCUUCUCGCUGCAGCCCUUUGUGCUUCCUGAAAAUAAGUCUUUGAGAGUUGCAGGACCCUUAGGGAUAUAUUUCCAGGAGGCACACUGGACUGCAGAGAGAAGGGGAGAUCAGUAAAGAUUGUCCUGCUGUUGCAGCGUGCAUGCACUAAGUUAGUCUGGAUGUCAGACGGUCUUUUCUUCUGAUGUGUUCAUAGCACAUUGAAAUUUUUUGGCUUAAAUGUUCUCCACUUCCCCAGCAACUGUGUAUUAGGUUUGAUCAGGUCAGUAAAGCCUCGGCAGGCCCUUGAGGUAGCUCUUUCGUUGACCCACAUAAAGAUGUCAUCCUAUAUUCCUCUUGUGCUUCCUUAAAAAAUACAUCUUUGUCUUUAUAUAUUUGUAAACAGCAUACAAGCAAGAAGUUAAUUAAUGCCUAGCUUAACUAUAUGUGACCCAAUGGGAAUGAAACUGUUCUGUCAGAUGUUCUUGGCUUGGGAAUAGAUUGAUCAAGCAUCAUGAUUUGUGCCAUAACUGAAACUUGUACAUUCUGCUGGACAGACAAUUUGCUCAGAAGUUCACAGCUUCAGUCCCUUUGUCUCCAGAUAGCAGGGCACAUAAAGCAAGUUCAGACUGCUUAAUGUUGUAGCAGUUCAACAGCUAUGUUGCGUGUUUGUUUUCCAUGCACAAUACAAUUCUAGCUGCUUAAAGAAAUAAUAAUCCUCUGUAUGCAUGAAGCACUUUGAAUAAAUUGCUGAGAAUUCCAAGUAUUUAGUAACCGUACAGCUGUGGCUUUGAAAGCGAAAUAAUUGCUUACUGAACAAUUGGUUUACAAGAAAAGAUACUUGAGUAUGGAAACUUAACUAUAAUCUUAGCUAAUUUUACUUCAAGACAGUGCAGAAUUUUGUCCACAACUUCACCCUGCUAUGGAAAAAUUACUUUGUUUUAACCCAUGGCCAGGAUUCAAAGGUGCCUGUUUGCAAAGUGCUUCCGUGUACACACCCCAUGUGCAUCUGACUCCUGCUUCCAGAGAUGUAAGGGGCUUUCAUUCCAAAAAUACCUUGACUUUUGUCAGGGAGGGCCUGCUGCGAGGAGGGAAGAUGAAAAACCUCCCAUGUGUACAUAGCACUUCAGAUCCUGGCCAGGGUGUUUUGAAAUAACUCUUCUAAGAACACGAUUAGGGCUAUUUUUAAAGUUAUUCUUUCCUCAUGAAGUCACAAUAGCUGUCUCAGUACGUUUUACUUGUCUGGUUAUUUCUUCCUGCUGUCAAAAGAAAAUCAAGCGACUGGCCCUUCCCUGCUACUUAGCUUGUAGACUUGGAAUAUUACAAACUUUUCCAUCUCCUAUGUAACUUAUUUUGAAACCGGCUGUGAGUGGCCGUACAAUUCUAGCUACUGCCGGUGACUGUGUUUUAUAUGGUGGAGGGUUAUGUGUGGAUUGUUGGGGAAAGCUGAAGGGGAAAAACACAUUUGGCAAUUCUGUACAUGUAUGUAUUUCUGGAAGGUGUUCAGUGUCCAUGAUAUGUUGUUCUUGUGCUGUUACUGGUAUAAAGUCAAGUGCCUUCAAUGCUAAAGGCUCAGAAAUUUUCUUAAACCAACUUCAUGUCCUAUGCAAGUGUUUUUUCUACAACCUGCAUAACCUGUACUUUAUAAAACUUGUUUAUGCUUCAAUUGUACAUAUUGGUUUUUUAAGAAAAUAUAGUAUUUUUUUAGGUACCUCCUAGAAUUGAAUUCUAGUCUUGUGUGAUGCAUUGUAAAACAAUACAUUUCUCUUUUGAGUACCAUUACAGUUGUAAAAAGGUUUUCACUGGUUCUAUUUUUCUACUGUUGCUGAGAAGCAUGUUAACACUGACUUUAUCCUACAUAUAGUUGGCAUUUCAAAUAAAUGGCUUGUCUAGAAAAA